AUCUAGUGACAUUUAGUUUGCAUGACAAUAGUGAAAUUGAUUGAGAAAUUAAUGAAAUAUAGUAUUUCAUCAAAAAUAAAAUUAAUCGUGCAAUGUGCAAGUGAUUAUUAACGUACUUUAUUUUAUACGUGCCAAUAAAUAUAUAAAAAAUUUAUGGAGAGGAGAAGUUACUUCAAAACAGCAUAUGACUGAAGAACAAGGAGAUUACGCUUUAGAUAGACAUUUUAUCAACAUCAUAGACGCCAGUAAUAGUGAAGAGACGACUGCAUCAAAUAUAUUAAAAUCAAAAUCUUUCGAACUGGUUCAUAGUGAGAACUCGCCACAGUCUGUGAGAAAGUGUUCCAAACGAAUACCAAACACAUCUUCUCAGGAGCAUUACCGACAGGAGAGAGAAAUGACAUCGAUCGUCGGCACUUACCAACAUGAAAGCAAUGAAAACCUCGACGAAUAUUUCAAAGCUGUGGGUGUACCAUACAUUCCACGAAAAUUGAUGUGUAUGUCCAGUCCGCGACUGGAAAUAUCGAACCAUGAUGAUAAAUGGACCAUUCGUACUAUUACAAUGAUUCGUAUGGCAGAAGUGACGUUUACUCUUGGUGAAGAAUACGAAGAAUACAUGCCUACAGGAGUUAUACUGAAAAAUGUAACUACACUGGAGGGAGAUAAUCUAGUGACAGUUUCAGUCGGUCCAAAUAAUAGCAAAGUACUACGGAAAUACGAAAUUACAAAAGAUGGUGUAGUUUUGAUAAUGACUCACGAAAAGAGUGGCCAAAUAGGAAAACGCUAUUUUAAGCGUCUUUAAUAAAUUUUAGUUGCAAAACUA